GGGAAAAGAUGCAAAAAGAUUUACAUAUUCUUGUGAGGUAGCCGAAGAAUGCUUCGAGAUGUGUCGUAGACUCGAAAUUUUUCCAUUCCUUGUGAGAAAGAGGAAUAAACAUGCAAAAUGAUUUACGAUUAGGAGGUUGUUGUGCGAGGUUCGAAGUUCCACAGAAUCUGAAGAAUAUUCCAAACUCCAUUUGCAAGCUAAAGAAUCUCAAGAUCCUUCAUCUCCAGAACUGCUACGAACUGCAACAAUUACCGGAGAAGCUUGGAAUGGAAAAGUUGGAAGAGCUUUCGCUAGGUUUCUCUGACAUGUGGAACUUUGGAAGACUGAAGAGUUGCCGUAAUUUGACAAGUUUGUGUUCCUUGAGAAAAUUAGAUCUCAGUUGGAGAACAAUUGAAGAGGAAGACUUCCCCCAAGAUUUUCAAGCAUUUUCCUCCUUGGAAGAAUUACAUCUAAGUGGCAACACUCAAUUAACCAAGUUACCUGCGGGCAUCUCCUGUCUUUCUCGACUUAAACUCCUAGAGUUGAACAACUGUUGCCGACUUCAAAAUUUGCAUGCUCUCCCGUCACAACUACAAGUAUUGAGGGCCAGAGGCUGCAGUUCCCUGGAAAAGAUUGGAGAUAUAUCACAAGAGUAUGAGUGGCUGUAUAAGGCAUGGUUCAUUGAUUGCCACAAACUCCUGGAGGAUCAAGAGAGUGAACGAUACAUUGAUAAGAUGUUGCAGCAAUCUUUCCUUAAGAAAUGUGCUUCUGUGAGUCAUCGGUUAAGUAUUUCUGUUCCUGGAAGUAAAAUUCUAUGUUGGUUCAAAGAACAACAGCAUGGGUGCAAUGUUGCAUUAAGGCUACUUCCCAAGCUCCAUACCCAAGUCAUGGGAUUUGCAAUAUGUGGCGUGUUUGACGGGGAAUGGAAAUAUGGUGAUCCUAGAAUCAUCUUCAGAAUUGUAAAUGACGAAAAGGUCAUUCCUAAGUUGGAGGUUGAUAUUGCAUCUUCAGCAGAUGAUGACUGCAACCUGUGGGUUACGUAUAUACCAUUCRGUUUCUUUCAGCAAAUGUAUCAUGAUUUCCAACCUCAAGAUUGGUCUAAUAUCGAAGGUAAUCUUGUCAUGACUGUAACGAGAACAGAUGGUAGUAAAGCUGUAAAUUGUGGGGCAAACAUAGUCUACAAAGAAGAUGUGGAAUUGAUUCAACAACUYAAUACUUGUAUCUCUGACUUUGGAAACUUGAUGCAAAUUGAUGGCGACGAUUAUCAUGGAGAGCGAGUAUAAGGGAAAGGUCUCUGCCAAUACGUAUGUGUAUAAAGAAAAGUCUGAUCAGGAUUCAGAGAUGUCUCUAAGAACUAGAGCAUUACAUAAACGGGACGUG